CUGCCACUCUAGGCUCAGCCCACCCCCUUUCCCAGCAUGCAACACCUUGAAAACAAAACCCCACGUGACAGCCGGUGUCAAGAAGCUGUCAUGGCGUCUCCCAGUGGGAAGGGAGCUCGGACCUGGCAGGAACAGGCUGUCGCAGGGGCUAGUGGCAGUCCGCGACGGGACGCAGAUUUGGUGGACUCUGUCGACGAUGCGGAGGGGCUGUACGUGGCGGUGGAGAGGUGCCCGCUAUGUAACACGACCCGCCGGAGGCUGACCUGCGCCAAGUGCGUCCUGAGCGGCGACUUCGUAUUCUUUGACGGCCGGGACACUGAGAGGUUUGCUGACAAAAGACAAAGAUUAAAUCACCUCCGUGAUACGCAGCUGGACUUCCAGAAACAAGUUGCAAAGGCAAUUGAAGAAAAGCUGGUUGCAGAUAAGCUGAAAUGGAAGAUUAUGUCCUGCAAAAUGAGGAUCGAGCAGCUGAAGCAAAGCAUCUCCAAUGGCAAGGAAGAGAUAUCAAAAAAUUCAACCUUCCUCCUUAAGUUGAAAGAGGAUAACCAGAAACUUUAUCGUAGGGCUCAGUGGCAUCAGGAGAAAAAGGAAAAAAUCCAGAGGCGGAACCGCAAACUGAGUGAUAUGGUUGAAAAGAGAAAUCAUGAUCUGAAAAACCAGCACUCACAGUUGGCGCAGUUUCGCAGGUCACAUAUUCUCGAGUUGACUUCAAUCAUCUUCCCUAUCGGUGAAGUCAAGAAUGUGACAAGGGAUCCAGCUGACAUCUCAUUUGAAAAUGAUAAUGCAAUGACCUCAAGCACUGUGAGCAAACUGGCAGAAGCAAGAAGGACCACCUACCUUUCUGGAAGGUGGGUGUGUGAUGACAAUAAUGGAGAUACCAGCAUUAGUAUCACAGGGCCCUGGAUUACUCUGCCCAACAAUGGAGAUUACUCAGCCUAUUACAACUGGGUAGAAGAAAAGAAGACAACACAAGGGCCAGAUAUGGAGCACAACAAUCCCGCUUACACCAUUGGUGCUGCAUUAUGCUAUGCAACUCAGCUUGCCAACACCCUGUCACAUAUAUUAAACGUCAAUCUUCCUAGAAAGCUUUCCAAUAGUGAAUUUUGUGGAGAGAAUCUGAACCGGUGGAAGUUCAAUCGCGUGGUUAAUAAGCUGAAUUCCAACAUCUUAUAUUUAUGCUUUUCACAGCACGUGGACCUGGACUUGCUCCAUCCCUUACAUACUCUCAGGAACCUCAUGUACUUGGUUAGUCCGCAAAGUGAAAACCUGGGCAGGUCUGGCCCCUUUGAGAUCAGUGCCGAUCUGGAAGACUCGAUGGAAUUUGUAGAUCCCAGUGGAGCAGGGGAGACGGAUGAAAGUGGAGAGGAGCAUGUCAGUGAUGAAGAGACUGAUUUAGGAACUGACUGGGAAAACCUGCCAAGCCCUAAGUUUUGUGAUAUCCCAUCCCAACCAGUGGAGUUGAUGGAAAGCCACAGUACACUGUCGUCACAGCCCAUUGGCAGCAGCAGUGCUGGGGGCAUGAUCUCCUCCGCAGCUGCUUCUGUCACCUCUUGGUUCAAAGCAUACACUGGACACCGCUGACCUUGCACUGGAGGGAGAUAGGACACAUGGAAUUACCUCUGCCAUGCCUUUCCUUUGCUCUUCAGCACAUUUGAACACCAGACAGGAUAGCAGUCUUACUCGUCAAUAACAGACACUCUUUCUACUUAAACACUUUCUAUGUCAGUACAUCUUUUUUAUUUGCCACUUGUAGCAAGGAGGGAUAUUAGAAGCUAUGGAGGAAAACUCAAGGGAGUCAUUUAAAAUGGAAUAAAAUGUGUUUUAGUAAACACAGCAGCCUACAAUGCCAUGAUUUAAAGGCCAGUAACAUUCAAAGCUUUCAUAUGCUUUUAUGUAUCCAUGGGUGUCUGUCCAAUUAUUGCUUUUCUGACAUGUAGGACAAAUAGGGAACUUUUUUUGUCUUAUUAGAAACAUAUAAGUUCUCGGCUGCAGCACUCUCAGAAUGAAAGCUAUUGCCAUAGAGAAGCUUUUUUGCAUUUCAUGGGUUGAGAAUGCUAUGAGAAUAGCAUUUAACAUUAUGUUUUUAAUGUUACUGGCACUUUAAUGUCAGUCGUGUAGCACAUUAAAAAUAAUGUAUUUAGCUUUAUUAUUUUUAAGGGAAAAAAAAAAAGGAUUUCAGUUUUAAUGAACUUUUUAAGAUGAUUGGCAUUUACUUUACUUAACAUUUAGUUUUAUAGAACAUUUUGCAUGAUUUGCCUGGUUUCCCCCAUUUUGCUCAAGGAGAAUUUUGCAGUGUGGCAGUUACUGCUAAGCACAGUAAAUGUCUGAUGAUGGCCAUUCUUGGGCCGACCCGUACAUUACAUCACAGUAAGCCCGUGGCUGAAGGAAGCUUAGUAAAUAAGUAGCAAUGCAGAUGUGAGGCCACUUUUCUGUUCUUUCGAUUGAAACAGCAGGAAGUGCACAGAAGCUGCAUCUCCUCUCCUUUAAGAUCAUAAAUAAUCCUCCAUCCACCAAGACUAAGAUUUUCUUUCCAACCAGCCCUCUGACUGUGCAGGCCCUAGCUGUUCUAGCUGUUCUAGCACUACCAGCCAGCCAUGCUUUGGGUUGUCCAUAAGCAGUAGGUGGAAUGCAACAGGCACUGAACACUCAGUUAUUAUUCUAUGCUGUUAUAAUGCUUUACCCCUGUACAACGUCUGCCUUAACUAACUAGUAGCACUCAGUAGAUAUUGAAACUAGGAAUAAUUUGUGCAUCAGCACUGUGCUAAAUCUGGCUUCUAGGAGUCAUGUUAAUGCCAGUUAUUGGCUUUAUGGUUGGCCUGGUAUUAGGUAUGUUAUUCUGCCUGUGCCUCUGCUUGGUAUUACCUGGCAAUAAGGAGAAUCCUUCUGAGUCAAUAGAAGCUGCCCAUCAUAAUAGCGGUUGCAGCAUGUCUCUCAUAAGAAUAUGGUGCAAACUUGCAUGUCAUAUUUAGAUAUUUGUUUUGAUUUGUGUAAUCCACAUAUUUAAUUUCUCCAUGAUGUAUAGCUGUAAUGUGCUUAAACCAAUGGAUACAGUUGAUGGGGAACACUAAGUGGAGGGGCCUUCUGUUUAGCAGCAGGUUUAGUGGAUGUCUGCACGGCGCAGCGUGCUUGUGGGAGGGCUGGCCUGUUUCAUUUCCAACGUGUAAUAAUAUGAAUAAUAGUAAAUUCUUCUCAGUAUACGGUGGUGACAUUUGUAUGUGGCAUAAGGAACCGAGUAUAGCAAAGAAUGAUCUAGUUAAUAGUCUUUAUUCCUCUUUAUGCUCAUUGCCUCCAUCCUUAAAGAGAGUGCCUAUAGCAAGAUGUGUAUUUAUAUUGUGUUUAUUUUACCAUGCCUGUGCUUUUUCUUUUUUUUUUUUUUUUAAAUAUUUAGCACUUUCUGAGAGCAAACUGAAAUGAAUGACAGUCAGUUCAACACUGUAUGAUGCUAGGAACGUCUGCAUUAUAAAAAUAAAAACAGUUGACUAUUUUUUAUUA